AUGGGGUUCAAAGCUCUCUGUUUGGGGCUGUUUUGUGCUCUCUCUGCCUCUUGUAUGUCUAUUACCGUACCGGGCGACAUUGAAGAAUACUGGGAAGGCACGUUAGAUACAUUUGCUAAAACUUGCCCAUUUAUAGCUAUGUGUUUUGACAGUAUAGGUAUUAUGAAAUAUGAAGAGCUUAUUUCCAUGAUAUUGAGGCUGGACCAUACCCAACCUGUUUCCGAUGAGUAUGUCACAGUGAUGGAUACAGAAUUUGUUGAUCUUCCAGUACGUUUGUACUUGCCAAAGAAAGAAACCUCAAGACGAGCUGUAAUCUAUAUUCACGGUGACCUUUGUUUUGGAAGUCUCAAGAAUAUGGCUUUUGAUGCCCUGAAUAGAUGGACUGCAAAGAAAGUCGAUGUUGUUGUUGUAGGAGUGGACUAUAGACUAGCUCCUCAACACCACUUUCCAAUUCCAUAUGAAGAUUGCCUCACUGCGGUUAAGUUUUUUCUUCAAGAUGAAAUUCUUACAAAAUACGGAGUAGAUCCUACCUGAAUCUGUAUUUCAGGAGACAGUUCUGGGGGCAAUUUGGCAACAGGAGUGACACAACAGGUGCAGAAUGAUCUUGAAUUUUAACAUAAAGUCAAGAUACAAGCUCUAUUUUACCCUAGCUUACAGCUAAUUGAUUCCUAUGUGCCAUUUCACCAAGAAAAUGAGAAUGGUAUAGUUCUAACAAGGGACUUAGCCGUAAAACUCAUCAGUUUAUAUUUCAACAAGAAUGCAACAUUUCUCCAGGCAAUGAGAAGAAAUGAACAUAGGCCUCUGGAAUCAAGACAUCUGUUUAAGGUUGUUAACUGGAGUACUCUCUUACCCGAGAAGUUUAGAAAGGGUCAUGUUUAUACUGAACCAAUUCUUGGAAGACACAAUUAUUCAUUCCCAGCACUUAUGGAUAUCAGAGCUUCACCCUUGUUAGCCAAAGAUUCCUGGUUACAGAAUUUGCCACCAACCUAUAUUCUUACUUGUCAAUAUGAUAUUUUGAAGGAUGAUGGACUUAUGUAUGUUUCAAGACUUCAAAAUGUUGGAGUUCAAGUUACUCAUGACCAUAUUGAGAAUGGAAUCCAUGGAGCUUUAUCAUUCAUGGCAUCACCACUGUGUUUACAUCUAGGUUUCAGGAUAAGAGAUAUGUAUAUUAGUUGGCUGGAAAAUGAUUUAUAA